AUGGAGGCCGACACCGUCUACAGUGCGACGGAUCGCAAUGAAUUGGAACCAGACAAUGCCUGUCAGAUGAAGCCUGAGCAACAAGACGCCAGAGCCCCUGACGGUGCAAUUCAGCAGCCUCACCCUGAUGAUGCCCCCAUGGUUUCUGAGACUGCGGUCAGUCCUAUGAAGGAGAAACCUUUUCCAUUUCUCCGUCUGCCGGCCGAGGUCCGCAACAUGGUUUAUCGACAACGUCGGAUCUACAGCACCACAGUGUUGAUCACCCUCCCCGACCUACGACAGGCCCCAAUCACCCGUGUCAACCAGCAACUGCGCCAGGAAACUCUCCCGAUUUUCUAA